GCGCUGUACGGCGCCAACUUCGACGCGGCCGGCACCUCGGCCACCUACACCUGGGACAACACGACCGGGCAGCAGUACAUCGACGGCAGCGUGGCCGCCAACACCGGCACGACGAUCACCGGCAAGAUCUUCUCGACCGUGUGGACAGGCGGUGCGACCACGACCUACGACCUCAGCAACUUCGACGACGCAACCAGGUCGACGACCUGCGGGCCGGGCAAUGGCUGAAUUUCUCCAAGGCGCAGAUCGCCGACCUCAAUGCCCAAGCUGCGCCCGGCACCUCCGCCUACGACAACCUGGCCAACGGCAACAUCUACAACACGCUCCUCUACAACGACGACACGCGCUCGCUGAUCUCCAACCUCGUCACCGGCGCGGGCAACGACGAGAUCAUCGGCAACGAGCUGAACAACAUCCUGACGGCCAAUGCCGGCAACGAUUCGCUGAACGGCGGCGGCGGCGUCGACGUGCUCUAUGCCGGCGACGGCAACGACAGCCUGGCCGGCGGCACCUCGACCGACGGCGUCAACCAGCUGUGGGGCGGCGACGGCAUCGACACCGUGACCUACGCCGCGCAGACGGCAGUCGUGUAUGUCGAUCUCGGCGCGGGCGCGGGCUAUCUGAAGGAAGAUGGCAUACUGGUCUUCACCGACGCGCUGGACUCGAUCGAGAACGCCAUCGGCGGCAGCAACAACGACACGCUGAUCGGCGACGACGGCAACAACGUCCUGGACGGCGGCGCCGGACAGAACGCGCUUUACGGGCUCGACGGCGACGACUUCUUCGCCGGCGGCACCGCGACCGGCGGCACCAACCAGCUCUGGGGCGGCGCGGGCAUCAACACGGUCGACUAUACGAAUAUCGAGGCGGCAGUGCGGGUCGAUCUCGGCGCCGGCGCCGGCUACGUGCUGCGCGGCAACGUCUUCGUGCUGGUCGACCAGAUGGAUCACAUUCAGAACAUGAUUGGUUCGCCCGCAUCCGGGCCGUGGAGGAUGACGAUGCCGAGGAUCCCUGUAAGACUUGCGUUCGUUGUGGGUUUGGGCCUCUUCGCCGCGGCCUGCCAGGGCGAUGGCUAUGGCGCCCCGAGCGGCGCCUAUCCCGGUGGACCGGGCUACUACAAUACCGGCUACAACAGCCCGCCGCCGCCCCCGCGCUAUGGCUACGCGCAGCCGGCCUACGGCUAUGCCCAGCCGGCGCCGAAUUACUACUACGCCAACCAGCCGCAGCAGCAGAACGCCUACUACAAUCAGGCCGACGGCCGCCGCUACACGACCGUGGCUGUGACCAAUCGCGGCCAGAACGGCUAUCGCGACGACGUGGUCCAGCAGCAGGUCGUCUGCGGCAGUCAGUAUUACGAUGGCUACAGGACCCGCAUCGCACCGCGGUGCU